AUGAUAAACUGUCAAUAAAAUCAACGAUAAAAUUUUUCAUAUGUUGUAUGUAGAUAUAAUAAAGAACAGAGAUCAACAUCAGUGAAAGUUGAAAGAUUGAAAUAAAUAAAUGUACUCAACGAAAUAAAGCAAGAUUAUUAUAAAGGACUGUAAUUGGGUAGAAUGCGUGAAAAUGCAAUGAGAAUUAUUCACAUGAAAUUAGAAAAGAAUAGAUUAAGAAAGAAAUCACUUGAAACCAAGACAGAAGUGGAGGAGGAACACUUUCCGUAAGUUAAUUAGGUUUCGAAACCUCCUUUGCCUUAUAGAUCGAUUCUUGUCAAUAAGGAAAAUACAAUUCAAAUGCCUAGUAUAUUAUAGAAGUAAAUGGGAGUGGCAAAGUAAAUCUAGACAAAAGUGAGGAGAUUAUCUUAAAGAAUAAGAAUGAAAAAUAGUGAGCCUACCAUAGAAUUUAGUCCUUGGGAGAACUAUGAAAAUUAGGAAUUUGAUUUUAUUUGA